AUGACCAAGGAAUGCAGAACAUUUACCAGAACGUUCUGUAGAAAUGACACUGCAGCAAAAUUAUCAACUCUUAUGCUUUUUGUCAAGGUGGAAAGGGAACCAACACCGGCCAAUCCUGCCGACUGUAGCGAGAUAGAUCCGGAUGUUUAUUGCUCUGGUAUCUACCGAAUUACUCCGUCACCGGGAGUCACAUUCGAUGUAUACUGCAACAUGGACACCCCUGACGGACCCUGGACGGUAAUACAAAACAGACAGAAUGGUGAUGUGGACUUCUAUAUCCCCUGGAAUGACUACAGAAAUGGCUUUGGUAAUCUUCAGGGCAACUUCUGGCUUGGUAACGAAGCUAUACACUACAUCACCCUUACAGCUUCCGUCCUCCGCAUUGAAUUGGUUUCAUGGUUGGGCGAUGCUAGGUAUGCGCAGUAUUCUACAUUCAAAGUAGAAAAAGAGGCAGAUAACUACAGACUAACUGUAUCUGGAUUCUUUGGGGACGUUCGUUAUGAUGCAAUGGAUCUUCUUAACGGGAUGGAGUUUUCCAGCUACGACCAGGACAAUGAUGAAUACAGCGGAAAUUGUGCUUCAUCUUGUGAGGGCGGAUGGUGGUAUAGGAAAUGUUACGAUGCCAAUCUUAACGGCAGGGUAUAUAUAAACGGCAGUGACAACUUCCAGUCUCUGGUCUGGGAUAACUUCUACCAGGAUGGUCAAUACCCGCACAUGAUGACGACAAGAAUGCUUGUCAAACGUUCGCCGCCAUAA